AUGAAGAUUUCUAAAGCGAUCGGUUAUCUGUCCACCCUUGUUCAACUGGCCUUCGCGGCCUCUCCACGCACAAAAUAUAACUUCAACUCCGACUGGCGCCUCUUUGUAGGCGAUCCCAAAGGCGCGCAAGAUCCUUCUUUUGAAGACAAAGAUUGGAAGUCCAUCACUACACCGCACGCCUGGAAUGAGGACGAUGCAUUCCACGUAAGCAUUGACAAUUUGUCAACCGGAGUCGCUUGGUACCGCAAGCACUUCAAGCUUCCCUCUUCUGCCAAUGGGAAGAAGGUCUUUUUGGAAUUCGAAGGAAUCAGACAUGGUGGCGAAUUUUAUCUGAACGGCAACUGGAUAGGGCGCAGUGAGAAUGGUGUCAUGGCAUUCGGAUUUGAUAUUAGCAACGCUACAUUUCAGAACGACAAUGUGAUCGCUGCACGAAUCGACAACGCAUGGAACUACCACGAAGUCUCAACUGGCUCCACAUUUCAAUGGUCCGACAAGAACUUCUACGCCAAUUACGGAGGCAUCAACAAGAACGUCUAUCUUCACGUCACAGAUCGUCUAUACCAGACACUGCCUCUCUAUUCCAAUUUGGGAACAACUGGCGUGUAUGUAUAUCCGAGCGACAUCGACAUCGAUGCUAGGAACGCAAAUGUUACGGUGGAAGUACAGGUCCGGAAUGACUACAAUAGCUCUAAAACCUUUAGUUUUCGAGUCGAAAUUUCAGAUCCGCAUCGAUCGAUUGUCAAGUCAUUUCCUGCAGCACAGUAUACGCUUCAACCCAACGAGACACGUACCAUUGCUGCAUCUUCUGUUGUCUCCGACCUCGAAUUUUGGAGUUGGGGCUAUGGAUAUCUCUACGAUAUACAAACCAUUUUGAGCAUCAACGGCACUAACAUCGAUAGCGUUAAUACACGCACUGGAUUUCGUAAGACCAAGUUCUCCAACGGGAUGUUCCAGCUUAAUGACCGCGUUCUCCAUUUAAAGGGGUAUGCACAACGUACUACCAACGAAUGGCCUGCUCUUGGGUCUGCCGUUCCUGCUUGGCUCUCAGACUUCUCUAAUAAGCUUAUCACAAGCAGUAAUGGCAACUUGGUCAGGUGGAUGCACGUAACACCAUGGAAACAAGACGUUGAAUCCUGCGACAGGCUCGGUCUACUCCAGGCUAUGCCAGCAGGUGAUUCUGAAGGCGAUGUCACUGGCAGACGGUGGGAACAGCGUGUCGAACUGAUGAGGGAUGCCAUCAUCUACAACCGGAACAACCCUAGCAUAGUAUUCUAUGAGGGUGGCAACUCUGGAAUAAGCGAGGAUCACCAGCAACAACUCAAAGACGUACGAGAUAAGUACGAUCCAAAAGGCGGUAGAGCUAUGGGAGCUCGUGAGAUGUUGGCCUCAAAGGUUGCCGAGUAUGGUGGCGAGAUGUUGUACAUCAACAAAGGCUCGCGCAUUCCCUUUUGGCAGAUGGAGUACUCUCGGGAUGAAGGCCUCCGCAAGUAUUGGGACAAUUACUCUCCACCAUACCAUCCCGAUGGCGAAGGUGAAGGUGAUGGACCAACGUAUAAUCGCAAUCAGGACUCUCAUGCAAUCGAGAAUGCUGAGCGAUGGUUCGACUAUUACGAACAACGUCCUGGCACAGGCAAACGUGUCAACGCAGGCGGCGUUAACAUCAUCUUUUCCGACUCAAAUACGCACCAUCGCGGCACAGAAAACUAUCGCCGAUCCGGAGAGGUUGAUGCCGUGAGGCUACCAAAGGACGGGUGGUAUGCGCAUCGAGUGAUGUGGGACAAUUGGGUUGACCUCGAACAAUCAGCCACGUACAUCAUUGGACACUGGAAUUACAAUGUCAGCACAACGAAGACCGUGACGGUAAUUUCGACGGCCGAUAGGGUAGAGCUGAAGCUUAACGGGGAAUCAUUGGGUUCGGCAACACCCAGGAAGCGCUUCUUGUUCGCCUUUACCAACGUAACAUGGCAAGAGGGUACGCUCGAAGCUAUCGGAUACACAGAUGGAAAGCAGUCGUCUUCGGAUGUGCGCAGAACUGCAGGAAAGCCAGUGGCCAUCAAGCUGACUCCACGUACCUCACCGCUUGGCUUUUUGGCCGAUGGGGCAGACAUAGCUCUUGUCGAUAUCGAAGUGGUUGAUGCCGAUGGAGAACGAAAUCCUAUCAGUCUCAACAUCAUAGAUUUCACGCUUUCGGGCGAAGCAGAAUGGCGCGGCGGCAUUGCCCAAGGACCAGAAAACUAUAUACUGUCCAAAACGUUGCCUGUGGAGAAUGGCAUCAAUCGGAUACUCCUGCGGUCAACUACCAAAUCCGGCGCUGUCACGCUAAAAGCUUCCGCAGACGGUUUAAAGUCUGCUUCGGUCACGCUGACUAGCGAGGUUUUUAACGUCGAGUCUGGUCUCAGUACUCAAAUACCCGCUUCAGGCUUGAGCAAUGACUUGUCCCGCGGUCCCACCCCAAGAGGCUCUCCGUACACCCUUAGUCGCAACGCACUUACAGUCAUCUCCGUCACUGCAACAAGCAAUUCCGCCAAUGCUAGCCUCUCUUACGACGACAACGAGUAUUCUACGUGGUCGAGCUCCGGCAGUGCUACCAACUCGACCAUCACGUAUGAACUCGCGAAGACGUCUAAUGUUGAACAGGUUGUGCUCAAGCUGAGCAACUUUCGUACCAAGCAGUAUCCAUUGACGGUGAAAGUAGACGAUGUAGAGGUGUGGAGUGGAACAACGGCGACAAGCCUAGGUUAUGUCACCUUAAAAUUUGAAGGAACAAAAGGUAAGAGCAUCAGCCUUGUGAGACGGGGCACGGGUGAGAUCGGUAUUACCGAGGCGGAGAUUUAUGCGGCCAUCUGACGUCCAACAACCGUUUGAAUUACUGAAGAGGCCGGUACGUCCCUGUGGAAGACCUAUUUCUUACUAUUCGCAGUAGGCAUAGGUAUAAUACUGUACUCAAUCGUCCUCUGGGCGGCCUCCUACGCUCCUUCUAUAUGCGGUUAGCGCAUUGUAUUGCGU